GAUAGUGGUGAAGAGUAGUGGAGAGUCCAGAUUAAAGCGACCAUCACUGUUGCUUCUUUUCGAGAAAUAAUAAUGGAAAAGAUGAAUUUUGUUAGAAAUGGAGUGAGCAGAUUGCCUCCUGGUUUUCGUUUCCAGCCUACGGAUCAUGAGCUGGUGUUUCAGUACUUGAAAUGCAAGAUCUUUUCCCUUCCCUUGCCUGCUUCCAUCAUUCCUGACCUCAAUCUCUGCAACUUCGAUCCUUGGGAUUUGCCAGGUAACUCUGAUGAAGAAGAGAGGUACUUUUUCAGCCCAAAGGGAGCCAAAUAUAGAAAUGGGAAUCGCAUGAACCGAACAACCAUAUCUGGAUAUUGGAAGGCAACAGGAUCCGACAAGAAAAUCACGUCUUCAUCAAGAAACAACGACAUCGUCGGGAUCAGAAAAGCCCUAGUUUUUUACGAAGGCAAUUCCCCAAGCGGCUCUAAAACUGAUUGGAUCAUGCACGAAUACCGUCUUGUCACUGCUUCUUCUUCCAAGUCCGAGGAGGUAGGAGACUGGGUUCUGUGUCGGAUCUUCCUCAAGAAAACAACAAAUAAUGGUGAUACAAGGAGGACGAGGAGUCACGUGCAGGAUAAUAGUAAUACUAGACAAGACAUGGCAGAUCAACCAAGAUUCUUUGAUUUCAUGAUGCUACAAAACCAGAACCUUCAUGCUUCAACAUCGCGGUCUUGUUCUAGCUCCAAUGGCUGUACAGAGCUGUCUUCAAACUAUGUAUCAGAUCAUGAAGAAACAAGUGGAUUUAAAGGUUUCUAAAGAGAAAAUCAGUGUGCCAGUCACUUCCCUUUCUUCGUUUAUAUAUAUUAAUGUCCCAUCUGUGUGCAAUAUCUUUGAAGGCAAAUCUACCAGUUCAGUGUUCUUCA